CUGUGACUCUUCAUCCUCUCCUCACGAAGACCCAGGGGAUUGCUUACUUAGCACACACCAGAGGCAAUGGGUAGGGUGAGCAGUCACUGCAGCCAGAAAACCCCAGCAGAGAGCAAAGGCAAUCACCCUCCACAGGCGGAGGCUUGGGAGCUGGAUUGCGCGGAGCAGACGAAGCCCUCCGGCCGGAGCGCCCGGGCGGAGCAGCCCCCCUGGCCCUGAGGAGCAAUGCAAACACACCAGUGAAGGGAACUGCUUCCUGGUCUGGGUGGACGUGAACCUGAGUGGAGCCUGAAUGCUGGUAAAGCUGCACUGACUUACAAAACUUUUAAAAUAUGCCUACAGUCAGGAUUGCAACUCCACAAUGCUGCUCUGCCGGGAUGUGACACGCUUCCUACCCAGGGCUGGAAGGACAUGUGUUUCCCUCCCAGUAGGAGAGGGGGCUGCAGGAUAGCUCAGGUGUUUCAUAGGAAACAUCCUCCAGCCACAGCCCUGUGGGCAGAGGAAAGCAGAAGGAUGCAGCACUUGAGCCACCACUCCCAUGGGAUUGUGUGAUGCCGUUUUGAAGGGCGAAAUCUCCAAGGGAUGGAUCUCUACGUCAAAGCUCGGAUAAUUUUCUGAGUGGUCGAUGAUGUUAGGAGUAAACAGAAACCCAGAUGAAGAGCAGCAUGAGCAAUGGAGGGACCAACCCCAGAGCCCGUGUACGUUGAUGUGGACAAGGGACUGACAUUGGCAUGUUUUGUCUUCCUCUGCCUCUUCUUAAUUGUGAUGAUUAUCCGCUGUGCAAAAGUCAUCAUGGACCCUUACAGUGCCAUCCCUACAUCUACAUGGGAGGAGCAGCAUCUAGAUGACUGAAAGGACUUCACUAGGCAGAGCAAUAAUGUCACAAUCCCAGAGGCCUUUUCCUCCUGGGAAAGCUCUCACACAAACAGCCAUUUCCAGAUAUGCAGGGCAACAGCAAUAUCUCUAAGAGCACACAGUGCAAAUGGUUCUUGCUCAACAGAUCAGGAUAUCAGCAAGCCAUUCUGGCAGCACAGUUUGAUACUAUGCAGCAACUCUUAUUUUACUGAAAACACUUAUAAUUUUAAUUCAAGUAGCACAAGACUCACCACACUUUUCCUAAUACAACACAGUUUAUCCUCCCCUCAGUAUCUUCCACUAACCCAGGGUAACCAUCAGAAUUCAGAGAAGGAACAAGUUUUUUGUCUUUCCUGGAAACAGAUUGCUUCAAAUAUCUUCCUCAGUCACUAUAUUUGUGUGUCAUGAAAAGGCCCAGAUUUUAUAGUUUUGUAUCCCAGAGCAUCUUGAAGUAGAAGCACCAAAGCAACCCUAGUUAAGUAGGGUUAUAUGAGCAGAUUUACUCUCAACUCAUUUGGUACUAACCAUCCACAUCCUACCACACUGCGGCUGUGUGUCCAGUGACCAGGAUACAGCAGCACCCUGACCACAGUUCCCAAGGGGGUCAUGAACUGCUGCUGACCCUGUAGCACCACCUCACUCUAUCCUACUCGUGCAAACACUGGUCAGAUUAUCUGCCAUGGGUCCAUGGAUUAGCCAGAUGUGUCAGAUUAUUUAUAAUGAGCUUGGCAGCCACCAGAAGCCCCUGGAGCUGAGCUUAGACACUGCUGGUUUCAACUAUAUAGAACUUGCUGUGCUUUUCAAAGAGUGAUUCCACACACAGCUUCAUCCAUCUUUUCCUUCAGGUGCACUUCAGUGGGAUGAGACAUAAAAAGAGUGACAAAGGUGAUAAGCAAGGAGACAUUGCUCCCAGCUCUGUCACUCAGACACACUCCUCAGCAUAACAGCUUCAGACAGUAACAUGCAAUGAUGUACAUUCUACCUCGGAAAACUUCAGAACCUUUAAAACAAGAAUUUUCUCACAAAUGUGCAAGGUGAAGAGCUGCACAUUUCUUCCUCUCUGUUCAUUCAAACAACCAAUAGGCAAGAAGACUUAGGUGAACAGAGGAGCUUUGGAAAUGUAUUAUUUCCCUUUUGAAAAGUCGGGAUUGAGGGAUUCCCAUGACCUCUACUCCUGCUAAGUUUUGCUCACAGCUGCUUUUUUAUUCACUUACAUGUUUGACUUAAGGCAUUGUAAGGACUCUCUGAAGCAUUAUGGAGUAGGCACUGUAACCACAACAAGCACCAUGAGCAGACAAGAUUUGAAAGCCCAAAUCUGCAAGAUGGGCAUUUCACUGUUUCUCCUCUUCCUUUCCAUCCUACCUGACCCUUAGGUUCCAGAUAUAAGGUGAUACACAAUAGAAGAGAAAGGUGGAACCAAAGGUUGUGGCAAGGAAACAGAACAUGGACUUUGUAGGUUACUGUUCCCGGUUCUGACAGAUUUGCCUGAUGAUCACACAAGCCACUUUAUGUGCUUCAGUCUACUCAUUAGUGAAAUGGGUACAAAAAUAUUAAUUUGUCUCUCUCAUAGAACCAGAAAGCUCUUGGAGAGCCUUACACAGGAACACAGAAACAAAGUAUUGAUUUACAACUCCUCCUUGUGAAACUAUGGGGAAGGUCUGAAUCUCAGUACAGAGUGAGGCAAGUUCUCUCCAGGCAGAGGAUUUGUCCAGACUUUCAUUUAUUAUCUCAUUCAGAUUGUAGUAUUUUGAGUCAUGACAAAUAUCACCUGACUUUGUUAUAGAUUCCACUGAUUUCUGAGGACAGUCUGGAUGUAAGGUGCUCAGCACUGUGAUUAGACCCCAAAAUAGCAGGCUAUGAGGCAUGUGGAGAUUUUUGCAUGUAUCUUUUGCACUGCACCAUCUUUGUUAAUCUCUGUUGCAGGAGAUCCCGUUCAGGGGGCAAGAGAUGUGAGGAUUGGCUUUAAUCCUGCUAUUCUCUAUCAAGAGAUGUCCACUGCUUCAGUUACCCACUGCAGAUUGCUCAUCUGGCUGUUAUUUAAUCUCAUUUUCUGCCAGCCAGUUAAUCACCAGUAACUGAGGAAUUUUCAGACAUCUACAUUAGUGAUCCCCUUACUUGGAACAAACACAUUGGUCUCCCUUAUUCAUCCACACCAUAGGAAUGGAUGCCUCAGCUAAAAGAUGAUAAUUUCUGUUCCCUGGGUGAAAGUUAGACCCAUUUCUUGUUAUUAAGUCUUGUAUCCCACCUUAAUAUUAGUGGGGCUACUUACAGAAUGGACAAAAUCCAUCUCUUUCCAGGCUAGAGAUGCUUCAGUGGGCAGGUGACCUGGCUGCUUUCACAGCCGAUGCAGAGCAGGGACAGAGCUUGUCACCACCCUCCCAAGGGCCAAUUCUCCACCCAGCAUUUACCUGCACACAGAACUUGUUGGCUUUGUCACGUGUCACUGAUAAGCCCCUCUUCAGCUAAGGACUUAAGCACGUGCUCAAGUUAAACCUCUGAGCCAGCUGCCUGAGCACACAGAGACCAGGGUCCUUGGCAGGGACAGCAACAGAGACCUUGCAGGAGCAAAGCCUGUGUGAGAGCAGAGGGUUAUGAAUGCUGGGGAAACAAAUCAACAAGUUUCAUUUGCAAGAAUGUUUGCCACCUUUUUGCUCUUUGGCCAGCUGUACAAACCAUUGUCUGGAUUUCCCUGAAAAUCUUCAUGGAAAGACUCCUACGGGUAGCUAUAUUUUUUAAUAUAGAGCCUUCUAAAAAGGCUCUUGUCUUCCUGAUAUAACCUGUCAAGUCCAUCCUUCUGUUGACAAAAACAGGUCUCCAUAGACAUCCAGAUGUUCAUGUCCUAUCUUUUCCCAUGAACGUGUAGAAGUUAAUACAAUUGUUUUUAUACAGAUAAUGUAAAUGCAGUCUAAUUUCUGCCUUCUCCCUCCUCCCCCAGUUACAAUCACACGUCACCAUUCUUUAACCAAAAACAAUACUAAACAUUAUGCCAAAAGCAGGACUUCUCUCCUCCUUGCAUUCAGAGCUGGGACUUGCCCACCUCCAAGCAGCUCCCUCCCAACACCGACCCCACGAGCCCAGUGGGCAAAGCUGCACCCAUGGGCAGUGGAAGCUGUUUUAGCAGGGGCUGCAUCACUGGCUUGGUAGUGGUUUUAGCUGCAUGCAACAAGUGCCUCUGCUAGGUUUGGUUCCUUUUUCAAUCAUUAUGCCAUACUAACUGCAACUGCACUCAGAGGAAAUAAUUCAAACUUGUUGCAAAUGUAUGUAUCUAACACAAUAAACAGCUUCA